AUGUCCCACGACGCGUUUUUGGACGGCAAUAUGAAGCGAGAGGCCCUGGUGGGCACCAACAGUGCUGCCAUCGUGGGCUUGUCCAACAAUGAUUGGAUCCAAGUCCAGUCAGGCGACAUCCGCAAGCUGAAUCCCUACACGGCCACCGGAACGUCUGCCUCUGUGGCGGCCGCCCGCGUGGCCUUCUGCCUCGGCCUAAAGGGCCCGGCCUAUGUGGUGGACACGGCUUGCUCGUCAGCACUGGUGGCUGUGGACGCAGCUGCCAUGAACCUCCGGCGCGGGAGGUGCACCGCGGCCGUCAGCGCGGCGGCCAACGUCAUUGCCAGCCCCGCCACCUUCAUCAGCUUCAGCAAGCCCCGGAUGCUUUCGCCCCGGGGAAGAUCGCACACCUUUGACGCCUCUGCCGAUGGCUAUGGCCGCGGAGAGGGGGCAGGAGCUGUGGCGCUCUGCCCAAUGUCUCAAGCCCACGGACUGGCCCGUGCAACCCUGAAGGGGUCGGCGGUGAACCAGGACGGCCGAAGCUCGACAAUGACUGCACCCAAUGGACCCUCGCAGACCCUGGCAGUGGCCACAGCGCUGUCAGAGGCGAGGCUGCGGCACCACGAGGCCAGGAAGAGGGCACAAAAAGUACUUGACUCGACUGAGCCACGCGGCAGCAACGCAGCAGCGACGCAGGUGCAGCACCACGAGUGCCACGGCACCGGCACACCGUUGGGCGAUCCCAUCGAGGUGGGCGCCCUUCAAGCUGGAAGCCUGGAGGAGGGGAUCAGAAAGCAGCCGGCAGCGCUCGCUGCCGUGAAGACCGGCGUCGGGCAUUUGGAGGGCGCCGCGGCCUCGCCCGGGCUGCUGAAGACCUUGGCCCUGCUGCGCUGCCGCAGCGCUUUGGCGGUGGUCCAUUUGCACAGCUUGAAUCCACACCUCAGCUUGCUCGAGGACGUGCCCCAGGCUUUUCCCACGGAGCAUGCCCCGCUUUCCGGGCGCUUGGGGCGCUUGGCCGGUGGCCUCUCCUCCUUUGGAUUUGGUGGCACCAAUGCCGUGGCGCACAUGCAGGAGGUCAAGGGAAAGGGACAGAGUGUGGGGAGAGAGUGUAACCAACAGCGCUGGCUGGGUAAUAGCAGGUAG